AUGGAUUUGCGCACCAUCAUGAACAGCGACGCCGCCGGCGCCUCCAACCGUCCCGCCAAAUCCUCGAGUCCUUCAUCGGAGCCAUCGCAUCCGCCGCACGCCCAUCAGCCAAUGCCCUAUCCUUCUGAAUAUGUUGCGCGACCCGCACAACCACAUGCCCACCACGUUUCCCCCGAUCGAUCCUCACCCUACGGCCCGACCAAAUCGCCCUACCAGCAAUUCAACGCACCACCGACGCUAAAUACUGCAGUACAAUCGCAUCGCAGCCAGAGUCCCCAAUAUGCCCCGGCUCCCUAUACGCCGGGAGCGCGAGAUGCGUUCGGCGCGCCGCCACCGUAUAACGCGCCGCAACCCGCCGCUCCAAUGGCUUCACCGUACACGCCACAUCCCAUGAGCGCGGGAUCCCAGCAUCCCGAUCAGCAGUCCUAUUUUGCGCAGCAGCGUUCCAACUCACUUCAGACGGUGAUGACGAACCCGCGUGCCCCGGGCGAGUCCUUCCGACCCCGCGACAGCCCACCGUCUGCCACGCCGCAGUCUCUUCCGCCGCAACACUUCUCUCCUUCUGCGCAUCGCUCGGUCCCCAGUACGCCUCUUGGGCCGCCGCCUGCCUUCUCGUCGCGUCGUUCGCCAUCGUCUGCCCGCCCUCCAUCCUCCGGUCGCGAUUCUCCCCGAAACCCACUGUCUAGCCCGCGCCCCGCGCACGAUCCCACAACCCGUGAUUCACCACAAACUCAAUCCCCAGCGACCCAGAAACACUUGUCGCCUCUCAGUUCUCGACCAUCUGAUCCGGCUCCCCAAAGUAUUUCUGCGGGGCUGAAGCAAGAACCUGUAGAGAGUGUAGGCUCCAAACCCGCCUCCCGAACAAACAACGUCACCACUGUCUCAGAGACCAGAGAAGCACCUCAAAUUGCAGGUCCGGGAUCACACGUCUCGUCUGUUGCUCCAGGGAUGCAGAUGGACAGCUCGCCUUCGGCAUCUGUGGCGCACGCACCCCCGAUGAAAAUGGACAUAGACCCUGAGCCGGUUCCCCGCGCAAGCGUCGAUAGCCAACCGCCCAAACCUAAGAGGAGGAGGUACAACGAGCCUCCGAUCUUUGCUCGGAGAUCUAUUCGAAGCAAAGGCAGAUGCCCAAUGAUCCCGAACCAGCAGCCGCCCAUUCCAAAACAUGCGAGACGCGCAUAUCAGGAUUCCUGGACCGAGCGCAGACGAUCGUCAUCUGUAGCAGGACCCACGACACACUCUCCGUCAGUUGCUCGAGGAUCAAUUGCGCCUCCAACCAACACCAAUGGGCCCUCGAUGCAACCCCUACCAGCAGCUUCAAAAGAAGUUGGCUCUCUUGGGCCGUGGGAGCCUUCCAUUACUGGAUUCAUUCCGCAUGAGGAAGUCACGAAGCGUCUCUGUGAUUUCCUUUUCGAACAUGUGGUAUUGAGAAAUGACGUGGCCGCUGGGGCGGCGGGCUCGGCGGCCGCUGGCCAGGGCGCGAUCAUUGAGGUUGAAGCGAAGUUAGGCCGUAUCCUGGAUAUGGAUCGAUCAGAGCGGCUGAACCUUCCUAUCCUGACCGAGAGCGUUAUAAACCGCAAGAACCCAAUGCUCCGAACAUCUUUUGAGAGCAAUAUGAGCAUUGAGCAACACCGGGCUAUGAAUAAUUUUCUGAACGAUGCUGUUAAAGAAUCACUGCCUCAUACAAACCCAAAUCGCAUUCCGCUUUCGUAUGCGCAUAAAAAGGAGCGAGACACGUUCUACGAGGUCUCGGCGGCCGACCUGCCGCCAGUGAUCCGCCACAAUCUGAACCCACGACAUAAACCCCGAGUCCGCGUGACGACUGACCAGCGCACGGGCGAGGUGCUUGCCAAGAUUAUCAAGUGCCGCGUCGCCGAUUUCGAUGUCUACAGCCCCAGCACCCACGUGGACUGGCGUGUGAGUGUGAACUUGGAAAUGGAGUACGAAGGCGACAUCCACAGCCUUACCGUCGCGGAUGCAGCCAAAGGUGGCCGCGGCGAGCGCAACAAGGAUCGCAUGAGCUACCGACAUUUGGCGUAUCAGGUCGAUUUGACCCAGGUGGCCCGCGCCGAGCCUCCGACAAAAAACGAUUUCGAGCACGAGCUCGAGAUUGAGGCGUCUGCUGCCGAAAUCCGCCGCCAGGGCAACCUUGCCAUGGAAGGUAAUCCGAAAAACCAGUACGAAGAGCUCGUCAAGGGAUUCGUGGACAAUAUCAGGGUCUUGGCUCGUGCUGUUCCGCCCUAA